AUGGUAUCCGAAACCGAAGCGCUGGAAAUCUACCACAAUGCGAUCCACUUUGACGGGCUAAACAUCGCCAACUGGUCCCGCGAGAUCUUCGAAGCCUGGCAACAAGGUGGCAUCACCGGUGUAUCCUGCACAUGCGGUAUCUGGGAAGGCUUUCGUGAUGCCAUUUCCAACGUGGUACAAUGGAAAAAGUGGUUCGAAGAGCAUUCCGACCUCAUCGUACAGGCGCAUUCUGUCCGCGAUAUUCGCCAAGCAAAGCGCGAUGGAAGAACGGCAGUUCUACUCUCCUGGCAAAACACAGCCGGCAUCGAAGACCAAAUUGAUUACCUGCGCGUUUUCCGCGACCUAGGCGUGCGCAAGAUGCAACUCACCUACAACACGCAGAAUUACUCAGGGGCUGGGUACACCGAGAUCUGCGACUCGGGUCUCACUGGUUUCGGUCGACAGGUUGUUGAUGAGAUGGGUCGAUUGGGUAUUGUGGUUGAUUUGUCGCACGUCGGUCCAGUGACUAGUGAAGAUGUGAUCGAGUAUGCGACUAAACCCCCUUGCUUCAGCCAUGUGUUGCCGGGCGGUCUUCGUGAUCAUCCACGCAACAAAUCCAACCAUCUUCUACAGCUCAUUGGUAAGAAGGGUGGGUUUGUUGGAAUCAGCCAAUUUGGACCACAUAUGGCCAAGGGUAAUGAUUCGACCAUCGAUGAUUACGUUGCUGCGAUGGACUUUGUGAUCGAUUUGGUUGGCGAGGACCUGGUGGGUGUGGGUUCAGAUGCCAGUGAAGGCCACGCGCGACCAAGUGAUUUCAUGGCCUGGUGUAAUCUCGACAAGGGUUAUGCGCGUCAGCUCACACCUUGGGGCAGUCAGACUGUUGUGAAGCCUCUGGGUCCGUUGAAGGAAAGGCCAGAGCUCGCCAAGGCUAUGGCCCGAGCAGGCUGGUCGAAAUCAAAGAUUGAGAAAGUGUUGGGAGAGAAUUGGCUAAAUUACUUGGAGAAGAUCAUUGGCGAGUAA